UCCUUUCUCAAGGUGAGUGGUCCGCGCGUCCAUACGACCCCUUGGAAACGAGAGAGGGAGAGAGAGAGAGAGUCGGGCGAGAAAUGGGGAACAUAUUCGUGAAGAAACCGAAGAUCACAGACGUCGAUCGUGCGAUCCUCUCUCUCAAGACUCAGCGCAGAAAGCUCGCCCAAUACCAGCAACAGCUUGAUGCUGUGAUUGAAGCUGAGAAGCAAGCUGCAAGAGACUUAAUACGGGAGAAGAAAAAGGACAGGGCUUUGCUUGCACUGAAGAAGAAGAAGGCCCAGGAAGAAUUAUUGAAGCAAGUUGAUACCUGGCUCAUUAAUGUUGAACAGCAAUUGGCAGAUAUUGAACUGGCAAGCAAGCAGAAGGCUGUAUUUGAGAGCCUGAAGACAGGGAAUAAUGCUAUCAAAGCUAUACAAAGUGAGAUCAAUUUGGAGGAUGUUCAAAAGCUGAUGGAUGAUACUGCCGAGGCAAAAGCUUAUCAAGAUGAAAUUAAUGCGGUACUAGGGGAGAGCUUAUCAGCAGAAGACGAAGAAGAAGUUUUAGCAGAAUUUGAGAACUUGGAGACUGAGCUCGCCAUUCAAGAUCUACCAACAGUUCCUGCUGCUACUCAGCCACAGCAGGCCAAAGUGGAUGAACUUGAUGAGGACUUGGUGCUUCCUGAUGUACCGACUAAGAGCCCAGUUGCUGCUGUGGCUGUCGAGGAGGGCGAUGAAAAUGUUUCAAUGAGAGUGUCCAGUAGAGGAAAAGUUAUGGAGGAACCAUUGCCCGCUUGAUUGAGUGGAAAGCAAAGCAAAGUCGAUAACUGCUGUAUCAGCGGCCUGUGCAUCUGAUGGUUUAUCGCAAAGCCUUCCUGGAUCCAUUUGGCUUUAGGCUUGCCGCCCCACAGCAUGGUCUGGUGUUUGCUAGGGCAUGAUUCAAGCGAUUGUAAAGGUUUUGAUUUGUUGCUCUGGCUUCAUGCAGUUACACUUCAUAUAGGCGUCUUGAUUAAUCAAGAGCCUUUAAUGCAUUACUGUAGUGUUUAUACAACAUUUGUUCCGAGUUAUUGAAUGGCAUGCUCAUCUCAGAAUCUAGUUAGCUUCA